AGUGAUGAAUAUCAGCUGAGGCAGAACUACACAACACUACUCAGACCAAUGUUUUAGCAGGGAUUUCAGAGGGUGGGAGAAAUAUGGCAGUUUUAAGUAUUGAAGUGAUAAACCUUAGUGUUCUUUUAUGUCUUUGUGUGGCUGUUUUAGGCCGUAAUGAAAAUUUGCAAGAGCGUCUGUUUUUAAGUUCAUUAGGUCUGACGAGUCGCCCCAAACCGGCAGCCCAGUACCCUGUGCCUUCCUUGCUCUGGAAAAUCUUCAAGGGUCCCAAAAUGCCAGAGUUCUCCGCUCAGGAUAAUGACCCCUGCACUGUGUCAGAGUUUGGCGUUAGAGGAAAUAUUGUGCGAUUUGUUCAAGAUCAAGGGAGGAUUCUCUCCGUGACCAGCAGUCCCUGUCCAGGUUGUGUAGAGAAGCUUCUCUUCUUCAACAUGUCUAUGCUGGAGACCGCUGAACAGCUGACAUUUGCCCAACUAGAAAUAAGACUUAAACAGGACAUGCACCCCCUAUCAGCCCGUGCCAGGGAACAGGAGGUCCUCAGCAUGUCCCUCUGGAAGGUUCUGAAGGCCACACUGAAGGGCAUCUCCCCGGAAACCACCCGGAAGCUCCUGCUGUCCCAGUCGAUCCAGCUGACCCCGGGGUCCAUCACGCUGAGCCUGACGGACACGGUGAGGUCGUGGAGGAAACCCGGCCGGAACUACGGCCUGGUGCUAUCGCUGCGUCCCGACAUCGCCGCCUCUGCCACAUACGCGUCCCUAAACGCCGCGUCCCUGAACGCCAUGUCCCCGCACCGCGUCGACGCGUUCCCAGAGUUCCACGCCUCGCUCCCAGAGUUCCUCGCCUCGCUGGUGGUGGUUUCCCUCAAUCCCUCGCAGUGCAGGUCCAGGCGAAGGAGGAGCGCGCUCUACCUCCCCGUGACUCCCAGCAACGUGUGCAAACCCCGCCGCCUCUACAUCGACUUUAAGGACGUGGGGUGGCAGGACUGGAUCAUCGCUCCUCAGGGGUACAUGGCCAACUACUGUCACGGUGAGUGCCCCUUCCCUCUCAGCGAGAGCUUGAAUGGGACCAACCACGCCAUCCUGCAAACCCUUGUCCACUCUCUGGACUCUGCGGGGACUCCCCAGCCCUGCUGUGUGCCCAUAAAACUUUCCCCCAUCUCCAUGCUGUACUACGACAAUAAUGACAACGUGGUCCUCCGCCACUACGAGGACAUGAUUGUGGAUGAAUGUGGUUGCAGAUAAAGAACUUUAAUGUCAAUUAUUUUAUUUAUGUUGUGCUAUGAAGAAAUAAACUUGUCUUUUAAAAUAA